AUGUCUACGGAGUCUAGUAACUUAUCUUGGAAAUCAGGACGCAUAUCGAAGUACAGUUUAAAACCAUUAAAACAUCCUUGCCCAACAUGUGGAAAGAAAUGGAGAACUUCUGCCGAAUUAAAGACUCAUUUGAAGUCACAUUCGACUUUAAGACCUUACAUGUGUGAAAAGUGUGGCCAAGCAUAUAAGCAUAAGCAUGCUCUAGAAGUGCACGUAGGCAUGCAUAAUGGAAUCAAUCCUUUCCAGUGUAGCUUUUGUAAUAAGUGUUUCACACAGAAAGGAGCUCUUAUGAGACAUCUGCCGAUGCACACCGGAGAAACGCCAUAUCAGUGCGAACUCUGUGGCAAACGAUUCGUACAUCAUACCUCGUACAACAUGCACGCAUUGUCACAUACUGGGAAAAAAUCUUAUCAGUGUCACCGACACAUGCGUGCACAUACAGGGGAAAAGCCAUAUAGCUGUUCGUUGUGUGGAAAACGAUUUGCCGAAAGAUAUAACUUGUUUGCACAUCAGAAGAUACACGAUCCUGCGGAAAUUAUGGCAAAAGAAGCGAAAAAAAUGCAGUACAAAUGCGAACGCUGCAUGGCGUUGUUUGAUAAGAAACAGAAGUUGGACGAUCACGUAAAGCAACAACAUGAGAUGGACCCUGAAAUUGGAAAUAAUGGAAAAUGGAUGGCACAAGCCAUCGAUAUUCAAACUAGGCAAGCAGAAUUGGCAAAGUUCUAUUCUCCUGAAAAUCAAAGUGUUUCGAAGGACAGUUCACACAGUAAUAUCGAACAAACGUGGCAGCAGAUCGAUUAUUCAAAAUCCCAAAAUUCAGCUGACGAAGCGAAAUCAAUUCAGCCAGAGAAUCAGUUUUUAGAACUCGAUGCAAAUACUGUAACCGUUGCACUUGACAAUCACAGACUUCUACUUGAUUCCAGAUAUAACAAAAAUAUACACUCUAAUUUGGAGAUUUCAAGCAACACUCACGUACAAAUGGACAGAUCACAAAUCUGA